GUUAGAUCAAUAAAAUGAUAAAACUUUUAUAUAUGUUUUCCAUUCUGCUUUCUGUCCUUGUAGAUAAAUACCGAUUGCUGAUGAGGCGAGAUCAAGUACACAAAGUAGCAUGUAAUCAUCUGAUAGCUGGCAAUAUGACUCUGUCUCCCAUGUCAACGUCAGAGACAGCCUGGUGCUGGACUGCUCAAGACUAUGCUGAGAACGAGGCCAAGGUUGAACAGUUUGCCCUCAGGUUCAAGACAGAGGAGCUGGCCAGACAGUUCAAGAAGAAGUUUGAGGAGGUUCAGGAGCUGGUCAGGGCAAGGGAAUCUGUUUAUCUGUCACCUGAAGAAUUGUCUAAAAGAGGAACUGAUGUACUGCUUGUAUCCCAAGCCAAGAAUACCAACAACUCGGCAAUUGUGUCCAAAAGCCAGGAUGUCCCUGUGACAGAGGAGAAAGAAGAAGAAGAUGACGAUUCUGAGGAAGAAAGCAUCAUGUUUGAGAAGAGAGCUACGUCGACUUAUUUUGAGAAUGAUGAGUGGAAGGCUGGCCGUCACAUCAGACCAAGCCCAGAGCACAUGGAUGCCAAAAUCCGUUCCCUGGCCUACUCCCAAGAGUCCUUGGUCAAGAUUGUGCUUGCCCGCAAUGAGGAGCUGGUCAAGUCCAACAGUCAGCUUGUAGGGGCCCUGAGAGAGACCAGAGAAGUCAUCACACAUCUUAAGUCCCAACUUAACUUGAGCCAGAAGUACAACUACUUCAGUCUGUCUACACCUGGACCUCACAUGGCCUCACCCCACCAUCCACCUUACCCCCCUCCUCAGGGAAUGGCUCCUCCUCAGUUUGGAUACCAAAUGCCUAGUCCAGCAGGCUUACCUGGCUACAGACCUCCAUCUCCUCGUACACGUUGUAGGACCAACCUCAUGGGACACACUGGCUUCAUGGGCAAGGAUGAGUCCAAUGUUGUUGGGAAUGAUGAUGAUGAGAAUCCUUACUUCAUUGAUGGAGAGUUCUUUAAGGAAGUUAAGCAAUACUAUGUACCAGACUCACACCUUGAAUGGCCAUAUGGAAACAGGGCAGGCAUUGAGGGAAGCUCAACGGUAACAUAUGCUCCCCAGAACAGACAUCAGAAGCCACAAAGUUAAUGUGUCAAUGAGUCUAACUUGCAAAUCUAUUAUGUUCAGUCAGUUCACAUGUUAUUUGCAAUUUCUCAGUCCUGACUUCGCACUUGCCUAGUGACAUGAAAAACUUCAGACUUCAGUACAUGUCAAAGCUAUUCUUCCGAGAAAGAGAAUGAUCAUUAUAUACUACUCAAAAAAGGUUAAGGGACAUCCAAUUCUUUCAAAUGGCUACGGAUAAUCUCUCAUGCCAUGACAGAUUAACUCGAUAGUCACAUGUAAGAAUUGUGGGUUCCUUAACUUCUUUUGAGUAGUAUAUAUGUAUAAUACGUGGAUAAUAAAAAUGAAGUCCACAGUUCACGAACUAUUUCCGUAUUCGAUGAAGUGUUUUCAUACAGAGUGAAUUCUAGUGUACUUUUCCUGGGAGUAGUGAUGUUAAAUUAUUUUAAGUAUCUGCCUUUCAUUAUCAUGUUUGUGUGUGUUUGUGACGGGUGCCAUCGUGAGGGUAGGAUAACGCUUAUUUCGCGAACACCUGGUAUCAUAUCUAUUAGUGAUUCAUAAACACAUUCCUAUAAUAUAGUGGGAAUCGUACAAUGGGCUCUGCUUUUAGCAAAAUUGAGACAUGAAGACAUUAUAUUAUUUCACGUCGGAAUGAUGAUAAAAAUAUUAAAAUACGGACAGCCUCACAGACUUCGAAACGAUGUUCAGAUAAAUAUUUGUUCACAUUAAUUUUGUCAUGUGCGUGAAAAUGGGUUUCAACAUUAUUUUCAUCAAGCUUACAUUCAGGUCGCUGGCUACUUCGGCAUUAACACGUGUUUUGUCUCGCAGCUCAAAGCAACAAUGUUUCUCUCAUGAACAUUUUUCUUUCCAUCCAUGACGAACAUCUGUCAUAAUGCCAAUGCCUCAACAAUCUUCCUUGGCAGUUGAAUUCAACAAUGUAAUACACACGGCCUCAUUCUCGGCGUCGUUCCUUCCAAAUACCCACCAAGUGAUCAGGGUUACAACCUUGGGAUAAAUUAAUACAUUAAUUUGCAUUUUUAGAAAAGAUUUUUUUUUUCGUGAAUAUUAUUAUUAAAAAAUCUCCUGUACAUGGUAUUUUUGGAUUGCACUGCAUAUUUCUUUCAUUAUUUUCUAAAACUUUUUGUUUUCGCCUUUCUGACCACGCAAUCUGGCAUGCUAGCCUUUCUGGGUUGAAUAGAUAGGGUUUCACAAGCGCUUGACCACACUUAUCUCUGAGAAAAUAAUACCUAGAUAUUUAUGAUAGGUUACAGUUUUCAUUUCAACUCCUGAAUACAGCCACUUUCUACAACGCGUAAGUAACCACCGUUUCUAAAAACUAUUAUGUCAGACUUAUUCGAGAAAGCAUUUGCAACAUCUUGCAAAAACAGAAGCAGCCCGUUCAGCGCAUUUUCCUCAAGGCCUCAGAAAUUAUGAACACCAUCAUGCAUAUUCAACCUGAUGCCAUUACCUUUGGUUCAGGCAAAGGCAUACGUACUACAACCUCAAACAACAUGCAAGUACCAAGGCUCAAGUGAUGGCAUAAAACUGGAAGAAAAUACAACUUUGCUCCAGAUGCCUUGGAUUUUCCUGUUCAAAGCUGACCGUGGAUAGAGUGUCUGCCUGGAGAGAGAGGAAGGUCAGUGGUUCGAUUCCUGGUCGUGACAUACCAGAAGUGAAAAGAUUGUUCUUGUAACCUUUCCUGUAGCUCGACAUUAGUGGGGUAAUCAAGGAUUGUUUAGUAUACUGUGUCAGUCAGUAUACUGUGUGUUAGUGGGGUAUCUCAGUGAGUUAGUACUAUAGAAUGGCACACACACACCACACAUGUCGCAGUGCAGUAACCUUGAACACAUGUGCACCAUUUCCCCCCACCUACCUGUUUUAAAGCUAGUGAAGUUAGACCGUAGGUGCGUUCAAUAAGCCGUUGGGUGCCGAUGCGCUAGCGAGUGUCUCCGAAUAUUUCCAAGUCAAUGAAACGCAUGCUGUGCUAGCUUUCUAGCGCCGCCUCGGCGCAUACUGAAGAGUAGGGACAAAAAUGGGCCAUUUGGACAAAUGCGGGGCCUGUGAACAUUACAUUUUGACAAGGAAGAACUUGUUACAGAUACAUGCACUCAAUGGUAAAGUUUAAUACCUACACAUUAGUGAUUAUAUUUAUGGGAAGACUUGUAAAACCCAAUUGUUUUAGCUGCAUUUAGAAACAGGUAAAUUCGUACAUUUUCAUAGGCGUUUGUGUUUUCUUAAAUAAAUCUAAAACAUUGUAA